AUGGGGUUUCUGGAUAGCCACGCCCAUACUUCGGUGAGUACGACGAUUAAUAAGCUCAUUGAGCAGACGAGUCCGGACGGAAGUGAUGGGCUGAUGGUAGCUGAGUUGGGAAACCUUCUGGAUAUGAUAAGGCUUCAGAACGAUCGUGAUGAACCUGGUCCCACUGAGGCUGCACGUGCAAUAAGAAAGAAGCUCAAGUAUGGUUCUCCUGAGUCUCAGAUUAAUUCCCUUAAUCUUUUGGACUUGUUAGUGACCAAUGGGGGGACUGGAAAGAUGGCUUUAUUGUAUAGUGACAGGAAAUUAUUGGACAGAUUGGUUUCCACUGCGUCUCCUGCUACCGAAAGUACGUCGAUUGAUGCACGAGUUACCAAGAAAGCCAAGAUUCUAAUAUACGUCUGGAGCGACGUUUAUCGGGACGAUGAGGCUCGAGAACCGCUAGUUAAGCUUUUUUUACGGUGUGGGUUUGGUCAUAGACUUAGGCGGGAGAACCGGAGACUUGUUCCAGACUUUAUGGCAGAUGAAGCUGAUCCUGAUACUCCUUUUGAGGAGGUUUAUGGAGAUGGGGAUGUUAUUGAGCGUCGUUCGAGAAUGGGAGGAUCUGACGAAGAAGAGGAAGAUGAUGACGACUUUCAGCCCACUAGAGGAAUCCGUAGACCUAAAACAAACAGCGAAUUGGAUAAGCAAUUUCGGAUUCCUAGGAUUGAUUACGAGAAAGAAACCUCUCGGAUUUUCAAGAUUAUAGCUGAAGCGGAUGUUUUAUCGACAAAUUUACAGAACUCUUUAAGGACACUGGAACCUGGUGAGCUAUCAAUUCAUUCAUCUAGAGCUAAUGAUUGUUUUGAUGAAUGUCGUUUGAUUAGGAGGAGAAUAUUGAGAUAUUUACAAUUGGUUGAUCGAGAAGAACUUCUAGGAGCAUUAUUAAAGUGCAACGAUGAACUGGUGGCAUCUUUGAAGAGAUAUGAAGAUAUGAGCGAACCAGUUGGAGCAUCUAGAGUGACGGGAGAUUCCGAAGGUGAGGAUUCAUUGGCGGAUUAUGAGACUGAUGAUUCGUUAGAUGAUGGAUUGGAUGAUAGAUUCAAGGACCUGAAUGAGGCAAAGACUAAGAAUAUCCUACCUGAGAUUCCUAUACUGAAGGUCCGUCCACCUGUUCCACCUAAAUCUCCGUCAUUACGUAUUCCAAAGGAGAUAAGGCCCGGGAAAUCCUCAACAGCUAAGCCGGUUGUGAGCAAGCUUGAAGCAGAAAGAAAGGAAGAAAUGGAUGCAGAUCCCUUUGGUGACGAUAACCAAGUUGAAAGGGCUACGGUGUGGAGAUAA